AUGACGUUUAUGUACGCUCCAAAUCUUGUCAUCAAGGGCUCCAAUCUCAAGGCCGAAAGUACAAUUAUCAUUUCACUCGAUUUUGGGGAGAAUCAAGAGAAGAGAUGGUUAGGACGUCAACGAGCCGAUCCAUUUGUGCGUCGCGCUAGGCUGGAAAGUUUCCGAUGUCGCAGUGCAUUCAAACUGAUCCAGCUUCACGAAGGUGUCCCCGGUGGUCUGAUACAUCCAGGUGAUGUGGUUCUUGACUGUGGUGCCGCCCCCGGUUCAUGGACUCAGGUAGCUACUGCAUUCUCGGCCGGCCCACCUGCUGGCCUGGUUAUCGCGUUCGAUUUGCUCGACUUUUCACCCGUUCCCGGGGCUCACUGCUAUCCGCAAACGGAUGUUCUUGAUUGGGAAAAAUGUGCUCGUCUAGUGGAUCAGGCUAUCGCGGCCCACAAGGAUCGUGGAUCCGCAUCAAACUCCGACACGCAAUUGAUGACUGAGUCUGUCGGAGUAAAUGUUGUGCUGAGUGAUAUGGCUCCGAAUGCUUCGGGGAUAAGAGAAAUCGAUAUCCCGGCUAUGAUGAACUUGGCGUCAGCGGUGUUACAGGUAAGAAGUUCACUAGACAAGUACACAGUGCCUGAACAGUUUGGUUUUAGUAAGUUUCGAAUGCGGCUUGGGUUCAUUUCGUUUCAAACGAGGCUUAACCGUGUAUUGCAGCGCUUUGCUUUUGGGUACAAUUGGUUGGUGCGCAUACCGAUAAUGUACAGGUGUUGA